UGAUGCUCACCUAAAUUCUCCACAGAGCUUAUUUCUCCCUGUAUCGCAUUGCCAAUGCCCUGAACCGCGUAUUUGGCUCACAAAAUUUUUGACAAAUUGUGUCAUCAGACUUUCACGUGAGCUGGAUUUUUUAAAUUUGUAAAUAUUUAUUUUAUUUGACUGUCAAAUCAAGGGAGUCCAUGGCAAUUAGUAAAUACAAUGCGUUCAGAUAUUUCUUGCGUCAGCGAUGCACUGUUAUCGCGCAGAUCGAACGCAAUCUGAGCAAUCAAGAGGGCACUCCAAAAAUCGGCGAUCGUCUCCACCCAGACGUGAUCCUGAGCCCCUCGAGUCGCGACGAAUGCAUAAAGAGAUUGCAGAAAUGUCAGGUAUCAACGAGCCUGGCCUCAGAGAACCCAAGAACAGCAGCAGUUCUCGUGCCUCUGUGCAUCCACAAAGGUGAGAUGGGCCUCCUCUACACCCUGAGAUCAACGAAACUGAGGCAGAACAAGGGACAAGUGUCCUUCCCAGGUGGAAUGCGGGAUAAUAGCGAUAAUAGCUUCGAAGAAACGGCCCUGAGAGAAACAUGGGAGGAGCUGAACAUUCCAAAGGAGACGGUUGACGUCUGGUCGAGUGCGAAUAUCGUCGGACGAAAGCACAUUCAUGUGAUGCCUGUAUUCGGAUACAUCGGUCACGUGGACCCACAACAAUUGCAAUUCAAUCCACAUGAAGUCGAGGAGGCAUUUGUCGUCAGUUUACAAUCGUUAUGUGAUCCUAACCACUGGGGAUACACUCAGUUUCGUAAUAAUUACACACUGCCAACCUAUUCCGUUGCCGGACGCAAAAUUUGGGGUCUCACAGCGCUCAUAACACAUAUCAUCAUGAAGGCUCUCUUGCACGAUGUUUAUCGACAUAAACUUCAAUUUGUACAACCGAUUGAACAUUAUGCUAGUAAAAAAGUCUGAGUCUAA